AAGACUAUGAAUCAAUAAUAAAAAUUGACUAAAUUAAAAUACAAAGAUCCCCAUAAUAGAGAUAAUUAUAACUAUUGUCUAACAUUUGCUCUAACGCUAAACUUGUGUCACGAGUGGAAGCUUGAAAACAAUAACAUGGAAUCACGGAGAAGAUAGUGCUUUUGUGAGUAAGUAUGCUAGAAGUAUAGAGUGACUGAGUGAGAUCUUCGCUGCGUGGUGAAUAAACUUGAAAGUUCAUAUGUUGAGUACUCCGUAUUUUUCUGGUGAAGAAUGUUGGCAAUUGAGGUUCAGGUGGGCUGUGCAGUCAGCCGCAUCGAGCAGGCAGAGAGGUCAGCCGCCGCCGCCGUUGAAGCCAGUUCGCGAGAAGCUGCCGCGCAACCCAGGUCCGACCUCCGCGCCGCUCCGCCUCCGUUCAGAUCCAGACUGCCGCCGUCCAGUUUCAGCCACCGUGCGUUCCCGUGCCGCUGCCAGUCGCCUCUUUCUGCUAAGAGCUUCCAAUUUCCGAAGGAGAACAAAAUAAAAGGAAGAGAAAAAGAUUCUCAAAAUGGCAAGGCCAAUUGCUGUGUAGAGAUUUGUUGUAAAGAAGAAGAGUGCCAUGGAACUGCAUCAAAACAAAAAAGCUUCAAUCGUGUUAGAUGCAGUGUGCACAGUGCUGGAAAAGUGGAGAGUUAAGUGCAACAAUGUUAAUAUGUGAAAGCAGCUUCGACAAGCUUCCAACAUGCUUUGCUUCUAGGCAAGCCGCAACGCUGAGCCCUGAGGUAUAUUCGGACACCGGUAGAAAUCGACAAUGGUAUUUUUGGAAAGUCAAUCUUUAUUUUGAACAGGGAUAAUUCAGUUUUGAACGGAGGAAGCAUAAUAUAAUUUUUUUUAAGUUCGAAAUAAAAAUAACAUUAUAUA